ACGGCUCCAGCAACAGCUCGCUCUUUCCCUCCCCUCCGACACGCACUCCGAGAUUCACGACGGGGAGAGAUGGAGGGCACCGUGACCCUCUGAGCAGCGCUGUGCGGGGGGAAAGGACAAUAUAGCCGCGUCUCUUUCCGUUGUGAAUGGAUGGACUCAAUUUUGGAGACGUCAAGAGAGAGGGGGAAAGAAAGGGGCAUGAGUGACAGGUUUGAUCCCAGGGAGUGAGACAGAUUGACGUGCGGAGGAGAGGCACGUGUGGACACCAACUUGUGGGUCACAAUUUUGUAAACUGAAACAGCUGGACAGAUGAGGAGGCUCCAGGGAGCGCGGUUUAAUUCUGGGUGGGUGGUGUACUGACCCUGCCUGGUACAGGCAAGGAGUCAGCAGCCCAGGGCCAUGAUUGGCUCCCCUGGCCCUGGUGGGUGUGCCUUAGUGCCAUGGCUGCGGGUGUGGCAUUGGGUGCUGGCAGUGUCGCUGGCAGCCACAGUGGCCCUGACUCUCCCUGGGAGCAGCCUGGCGUGCCCUCCUCGGUGUGAAUGUUCGGCUCAGCUCAGGUCAGUGUCGUGCCAGCGGAGACGUCUGACCAACAUUCCAGAGGGCAUACCCACGGAGACGCGACUCCUGGACCUCAGCAAGAACCGGCUUCGCUGGAUCCAGGCGGGCGAUCUCACCCCUUACCCCCGACUGGAAGAAGUCGACCUGAGUGAAAACCUUAUUGCCACACUGGAGCCUAACGCUUUUGCCACCCUGAUCAAUCUCAAAGUGCUCAAGCUCAGAGGAAACCAGCUUAAACUAGUGCCAAUGGGAGCCUUUGCCAAGCUGGGCAACCUAACCAGUCUUGAUCUGAGUGAGAACAAAAUGGUGAUUUUACUCGACUACACCUUUCAAGACCUUAAAAGUCUGAAACAUCUCGAAGUAGGAGACAAUGACUUAGUCUACAUUUCUCAUAAGGCCUUUGCUGGGUUGGUGGGGCUGGAGGAGCUCACAAUAGCACGCUGUAACUUGACCUCCAUUGCAGGCCAGACACUGUCCUACCUUCGCAGCCUGGUGACUCUCCGCCUUCAUCACCUCAGCAUCUCCUCCUUAGAGGACCAGAACUUCCGCAAACUGUCCAAUUUGCGCGGCCUGGAGAUUAAUCACUGGCCUUACCUCGAGUUUAUCUCUCCUCUGAGUUUCCAGGGCCUCGAUCUGCACUGGCUUUCCAUCACUCACACCAACAUCACAUCUGUCCCAUCUGCCUCUUUCAAAAAUCUGGUUCAUCUGACUCAUUUAAACCUGUCAUAUAACCCCAUCUCCACUCUGGAGUCCUGGGCUUUCAGAGACCUGCUGAGGCUGAAGGAGUUGAUCAUGGUGAACACUGGACUGACCACAGUGGAGCAUCAUGCCCUGGGCGGUCUGCGGCAGAUCCGAGUCCUAAACUUCUCCUCCAAUCACCUGCACACUCUGGAAGAGAGCUCCUUUCACUCAGUCAACAGCCUGGAGACUUUACGAGUGGAUGGGAACCCUCUGCUGUGCGACUGCCGUCUGUUGUGGAUCCUGCAACGACGCAAGACCCUCAACUUUGACGGCAGAGUGCCAGUGUGCACGGGGCCGGUGGAGGUGCAGGGCGUCAGCCUCAGCUCCUUCACCGACUCUGCUCUGUUUGACCACUUCACCUGUCAGAAGCCCAAGAUACGCAACCGCAAAAUGCAGCAGGUCAUUGCUCGUGAAGGGCAGCCAGUCAGUUUCCUCUGUCGGGCUGAAGGAGAACCACCACCUGCCAUUGUGUGGAUUUCCCCUCAGCGCAGACGAAUCACAUCCAACACUUCAGGCCGCAUCACUGUUCUCCCCAGUGGCACCCUGGAGAUCCGCUACGCCCAGCUCACGGACAGCGGCACAUACAUCUGCAUCGCCAGCAAUGCCGGGGGCAACGACACCUACUUCGCCACACUCACAGUCCGGGGCCAGCCGCUGGACGCUGCCUCAGCCUUUUUCCUCAAUCGUUCAAUGUACAGUGGAGAAUUCUUCAAUGAUACUAAUAUGAACAGCACCCGAGUGUUUCUCAAAUUCACCUUGGAUCUGACCACCAUCUUGGUCUCCACGGCAAUGGGCUGCAUCACUUUCCUGGGAGUUGUGCUUUUCUGCUUUCUGCUGCUGUUUGUUUGGAGCCGGGGCCGUGGCCAACGAAGGAAUAACUUCACGGUGGAGUACUCUUUCAGGAAAUCUGAGCCUGCCACCUCUGGCGCCUCAGGAGGGACCAGGAAGUUUAAUAUGAAAAUGAUAUGAAACAACGCAGCCAGGGGUCCUUCGGGGGAGGCAUGAGCACGUCCCAUAAACGUGUCUGACACACACAAACCCACACAGCCCACAACUUCAAAACAAGUCUGAAAUGUUGCAGUCAUGGCUCGGUUUAAUCAUUGGAUGUCACCAAAAAGGAGCCAUGACUCAAAUUGAUUUAAUUGUAAAGAAUGACCCUGAUCUUUCUGCCUUGCUGUGGUAGAUGCAGUUUGA